AUGUCUCAAAACACCCAAAGUUCCCUCGCUGCUCCUGCCGAGAUUCUUGCCCCGGCAACCCCAGCUCGCCGAGCGACUCUCUCUCCGUCACCAGAUCUGAGUGGUCCUAUCAUCAAAGAACGAUCCUCCCACUCAGGCAAGAAGUUCAUGUCUCCGCCACCUCUUUCGUCAUCUGACAUGACCCCGCCGCCCUCCACGCAAAUUCCUGGCGCUCCUCUGCGUCGCUCUCAUUCUCGCUCCAUCAGCCCUUCGCUGAUCACUCCAGUUGAUUUGGACAAAUCCUUGUGCGACGCCUACGGCGCUUCAGAGAACUUGCCUUCCGCCGAGGACAUCGACAAUGCCAAUGAGACUCAACUGCGGUCGAUCGCGAAGGAUCUUCUCGCCGUAGCCCAAGAGGCUCGCAUGUCCGCACUGCACUUCAAGUUGCAAAAUAGCCUGGUCUCGUUUGCUAGUAAUGAAGCUGUGAAGCGUGCUGAGGUCGAACACCAACUCGCCAAGCGCGAAGUUGAGAUCCUCCAGAGCGCUGAAUACCGCAGCCGCUCGCGCCCCGCUGAGCCCCUCACUCCCAAGCCGUCCCAGGUUUCUGCAGAUGACUACUUCGCUGCGAUUCAGCGAUCACAAGAGCUUGAGAAUGUCAACGUUCUUCUUGAUCGCCGACUUCGGAACGCCAAGAGAGCCUUCGACGAUGCCACCGCUAGAUCAGUGGAGUUGACUGAGCAGAACGACAUGCUGAAACGUCGUAUUGAAGAGAACCGGAGCCAUUUCACCCAAAUUUACAAUUACGGCUGUCUUUCACCUGGAAUGCAAAAUGAGAUGCAGACAAUCUGCCGUGGACAGGCUACCGACGGUCUGGCGGCUCUUCUCUUUGCGGACAAAUUCACCAACCGUCUGCACGAACCCCACAGCUCUUAUGGUGCCCCAUCGUCAGUCCCGGUGACCCCGCAACAACAGCGCUCUGUUCGACAGGGAAGUCAAUACACGACGCCCGGACAGGGCUCGCGGGACCAGCAGUACGAUAGCGACAGCACUGUUUCGCUGUCCGGCCCGGAAUCUGAGGACGAGGCCCUGACUACUCGGCAGUCGAACAUGCGCUCCACGGCCCCGAAGACCAGCACUCUUCUCCAGACCAAGCUGUUCGGCCAAGUGCAGAAACCAGGCGUGGAGCGUGUCCAAUCGAAAAAGCGCAAGGCUGGCUCUGACCAGAACGGGUCAGCAAAGAGAUCCAGGACGAAUGCCGGAGUGGGUCUAGGUAUUCAAACCUAA